GGUAAUUGGACCGUUUCCAAGAGACUUAAGAUCAAAGUUAUAUUCGCGAAACGAUUAUACGCUGCGGUGGCGUCCUUGGAAUUUAAACUCUGGUCGAAAAUGGAAUGCCCGGGAAGACAACAUACUCUUGAGGAGAGGUGCCAUGUACGGGUGGAAGCACUGGGGCGUAAUAUCGCAGGGCUUGUUAAACAGGAUUUCGAAUUAUUCUUGAAACAAGUGUCGAAACAUGGUGCCAAUUGGAAAGAGGUCGCUCGGGGAAUUGGGAACAGGUCCGCGAUUCAAUGUGAGAAUCUUUAUUACAACAUGCAAUUAUAUUUAUCGGAGAAUAAACAGUGUGCACCGGCUAGUUUUGAAAAGGUGAAAAGGAUUGUGGAAAAAGUCGGAUCAAUGGAAGGUGGUAAAAGUGUAAUUUACAAACGAUCCAAGUGGGACCCGGAAGAUCUCAAGAAGCUCAAGAGCAUCGUGAGACAGCAACCUUAUUACAAUGUGAUCUGGCGUAUCGUGGCAAAAGAAUUCCCGGGAAAAACGGCAGAUCAAUGCAUGGAGGCAUGGAUUCGCACUUGGGAUGAAGUGGAAAUUCAAAAUCUUCGAGAUGCAGUUACGAAAUACGGAGAUGAUUGGGACACCGUCUCGGAACAGGUGGACGGACGAACACCGAUACAAUGCAGGGACCGGUGGAAAAAAAUGAAUACAGCAACGGUCCGAGAAAGACCUUUUACGGAAACCGAAUUUCAACUUCUUCUUCGUGUGAUGAACAAUCCACCUAUUCGCAGGGAUUUCAAAAUCGAUUGGCUACAUAUAACAGAAAAAUACUUUCCGGAUCGUACCCCGUCACAAUUGCUUAAGAAAUGGGCGGGCAUGUGCAGGAAACCGUGGACCAAACAGGAAACAGAAACCCUCUUGCAAAAAUGUAAGGAGUACGAACAUAUUUCAGAUGAAAAUCAGAAAUGGAAAGAGGUGGCAAAACACAUUUUAGGGCGUAAGCCUUCAGAGUGUCUAAUGAAGAAAAAACUGAGUGAAAUAAUUUACAGGAGUUUGACGCUGAACGAGUACAUCGAGCUAUUUAGCGCGGUGAAGAAGCAUGGAACAAAUUGGAAAGUGAUUUCCAAGAUAUUAAAAAGGCGACCGGAUUUACUCGCAAAAGAAUAUGAAAAAAUACAAAAAGGGGAUCAAAAAUUGUACAAGUUUUUGGUCAAGUAUGAGUCGAAUCUCUUUAAACGUGAGGCAAAUUUUUCGUCCACUAAUUAA